AUCACUCUCAACUCAGACGGUUCCGUUCUUCCCGACACUGGUCAGGCUGCAGCUGGUGCCCUUAUACGAGAUCACACAGGACGUUACAUUGCAGCGUACGCAUAUAACUUGGGUUUCUGUUCCAUAACCCAAGCAGAGUUGAGAGGAGCUGUUGAAGGUUUACAGGUGGCUUGGAAUCUCGGAUAUCGUCAAAUCUGA